AUUUUGCGCUGCUGGGAAGGAUGAGCCGCUUGGCUCUCUGUAGUUACAUCUGAUUGGCCGACAGUGAUGUGUCGUCAUCCAAUCACACCAUGUAGCCGUGUCUGCAUAGGCUAUCGUUGUGUUCAUAACAUCGGACCAGAGUGUUGUACAUUGAUAGUAUUCUUUUCUGUUAUCUUUUAACUUUCACCGGUUUCCUACAAUUGAAGAAGAGCCAUCAUGGAGAAAGUGAUUUUAGUGACCGGCGCGAACAGUGGUAUCGGCCUAGCCCUGUGUGAGCGGCUGCUCUGUGAGGACAGUCGGCUGCAGCUGUGUCUGGCCUGCAGGAACAUGCAGAGGGCUGAGGCGGCCCGCUCCGCUCUGCUGACCUCUCACCCCGACGCCCACAUAGACCUGCUGCACCUGGAUGUGGGCUCUGUCCGCUCGGUUCUCCACGCCGCCCACAAGGUCAAGGCUAGGUACAACAGACUGGACUACCUAUACCUUAAUGCCGGGAUCAUGCCAAAUCCACAGAUUGACAUCAAAGCCUUUUUCAAGGGCCUAUUUUCUAGCAACGUCGUGAAAAUGUUUGCCACAGCAGAGGGCCUCCUGACCCAGCAGGACCGUGUCAACAAAGACGGACUACAGGAAGUUUUCGCCACAAACCUCUUUGGACACUUUGUGCUGGUCAGGGAGCUAGACUCUAUCCUUUGCCAGGCUGGUCAGACCUCCCGGGUAGUGUGGACUUCGUCCAGCAAUGCCAGACGCUCGGCCUUCAGUCUAGAAGAUGUCCAGCACAGACUGGGGACCGAGCCCUACGCGUCCUCCAAGUAUGCCUCCGACCUCAUCAGCCUUGCCCUCAACAGACACAACAACAGCCAGGGGCUGUAUUCAUCAGUGAUUUGUCCAGGGCUGGUGAUGACCAAUCUUACCUAUGGCAUCCUCCCUUCCUUCUUCUGGACCCUCAUCAUGCCCAUCAUGUAUCUUAUAAGAAUCUUCACCCACACGUUCACACUGACACCGUACAAUGGAGCUGGAGCAUUGCACUCGCUGUUUCUGAAAAAAACAGAGUCCCUGGAUCCGAGGGCAAAGUAUCACAGUUUGACGUCAGGCAUGGGGAGCAACUACACGCAGCCUCGACAAAUGGACAUCGAUGACGACAUGUCAGAGGCCCUGUAUGUGAAACUGCUGGAAAUGGAAAAAGCUGCUCGUAAGAGAUUGAAAGAAGAGGAUGACAAUAAACAAGCCUACAAAAAGUACCUCAACCAGACAGAGUAGUAUUUUGCACGGCUAUUCUCCUAGUUUAGGCCUAAUCACUCAACUUUUAUUCUAUUCGGAAAGUACUCAGACCGUUUGACUUUUUACACAUUUUGUUACGGCCUUAUUCUAAAAUGGAUUAAAUAAAUACAAAAUCCUCAGCAAUGACAAAGUGAAAACAGAUUUUUUGAAUUGUUUGCAAAUGUAUUACAAAAUAAAAACAAAUACCCUUCA